AUGGUUUCUGAUGGAGCGUCGAGCAUGAGAGCGGCUUUUAGGUAUAUUUUAAAACAUUAAUAACAUUAUAAUUAAAUUUGACUUCCAUACUUUGUGUAAAUGUAUAUUAUGUUAUGUUAAUUUACGUAGUUUAGAGAAAAUUUCGACGAAGGUGAAAUUAUGGUUGUUGAUUCCGGAGAGGAAAAUGUAGAUAAUGAAGACAAUCUAUCAGUAGAGACAUUAGCUACGAAUGAAGAUACUGACUACGGCAUAGAAGAAAGAUCUAUUGAUAAUGCUUCAGAUGGUGCAGAAAACUUUAAUUUAUGGUGCGCUUGCCAUAGACUUAAUUUGGUGGUUAAGGAACUUUUGAAAGAGAAAAAUGUAGAGUCGAUGAGAAUGGUAAAAUUUUCUGUAGUUUUAUUGUUUAUUAUGCUUUAGAGGGUAUUCAGAGUGGUCAACAAGUUUUCUCGCUCUCCAGCUGUAUGUUAUGCGUUAAAGCAGAGAGCUGGAAAAGGACUUUUAUUUCCUGUUAAUACUCGAUGGCUGUCUAUGAUUUUGUCAAUGGAACGGAUCUGUCAGAUCGUAAGGUACGUGAACGAGAUUGCCGAACUAGAAGGAUACGAUACAAUUUCUGAUAAAGACGUUAAACUCAUGACAGAACUUGUUAAUCUGCUCGGUCCUAUUCGGGAGCUCAUUUUACAACUCCAAACAAAACCGAAUGGAAUCCCACGACAAUCUGAUCUUACUAUAUCAGUCCUUGCUGUUGCUAUACCAGCUUUAGUAGAAACGUACCAGGUACUUAAUAUUGCUUAAAAUAUACUUAUUUUUUUGUAAUUUUUAAUGAAACUGCAUUCAGAGAUGGACUAACCAAAAAGUACUAGCCAAGAAAUUAGUUCAAUUUAUACAGAGUCGUUUUGACGACAUACUACACAAAAACGACCCUGUUUAUAUUGUCGGAAGAACUGCCGACAUUCGCGGAUUCCACACAGCUACGACAGACAAAGAUAGGACGUUAACAUCAAUCAAGCAAUUUGUAUGUUUUCUUUAAUGUUUUGUAUUAUUAUACAUAUACCAUGUCAUUUUAAAUGUAUUUUUAGGCUACACAAAUUAAAUUGUUAGAAAUUGACGACAUACCACAACGACCGUCUUCACAAAUGACAAAUGCUCAAGGAUUUGGUCUAUCCUUUGUUACGGAUGUUGAUGAAGACACCGUGACCACAGAACGACACGAAGGCACGACAAUUGAUGCUGAGUUUGAAAGCUUUUUGAUAGAAGUAGUGAAAGGUUCUUACAACAAUUGGGAUAGUUCAAUAUCGUUUUGGAUUGAUAAUGAACAAGUAUGCAUAAAUUUGAUGUUUAUAUAAUUUUAGAAAUGGCCGAGACUAUCUGCCAUUUCACUUGCUGCACUCACCGUACCAGCAGCUUCAGUCAAUGUGGAGCAAUUCUUUAGCAGAUUGCAAGCCGUAACUCAGUCAAAUUUCUGCAACUCAAAACAUGCGUUGAUCCGACAAAAAAUGUUGAUGGGAUUCAACAGUCCGUACUCAGAGUAA